AUAGUGCAAUUUGUGUAAUUUUGGCUUAUAAAUGGGAUAACAUAAAAUCUCAAGGUCCGGGUACCCACCAUGGUGACCCGGCGGCGGAUAUUCAAUAAAUACCUGAUCGCCGGCGUCAUUGCCGGCGCCGGAGUUACUUUCCAAGCCCUAACCUCUAACUCCUUCCUUUCUUCCAUUGAUUCCCCUUUCAUCAACGGCGUCGUUCGCUCCUCCCGAGCUCUCUUCACCAUAACUUCCACUGUCAUCGACUACAAGUUCUCACUAUACGGACUCAAUCCUCACACCGACGACUAUCGCCUUACUCUCUCCGAACUACAUCUACGAUCAGCAAAGCGAAUUCUAACGAUGUGCGAAGCAAAUAAAGGUAUUUACAUCAAAGCAGGUCAGUUUGUUGCUGCCAUUAGGCAAGUACCAAAAGAAUACUCAACAACACUUUCUUCAUUACAGGAUCAUGCUAUUCCUUUUCAGUUUGAAUCGAUUAAGCAUGUGUUAGUUAGUAAUUUAGGUUUAAAUUGUUUAUCGGAGUUUUUUUUCUCCUUCGAUGAGGUUCCGGUUGCUGCUGCAUCUAUUGCUCAAGUACACCAUGCUGUUAGUAAAGACCGUCAGGAAGUGGCGGUGAAGGUGCAGUAUCCUGGAUUGGAGUAUCAAAUGAAAUUUGACCUUGUAACUAUGUCUUUGUUGUCGAAAUCAGUUGGAUGGAUCUUCCCUGGAUAUAGGUUUCAAUGGCUUGUAGCGGAAUUUGAAAAAUCUAUUGCUUCUGAGCUUGAUUUUAUUGCAGAGGCUAAAAAUUUGGAGAGGAUUAGGGAAAAUUUUAAGGAUAAUUCCAUGGUUAGGGUUCCGAAUGUGUUUUGGGAUUUUACGACAAGGCAGGUUAUGACGAUGGAGUUUUGCAGAGGUCGUAAAGUUGAUGACUUGGAGUUUCUGAAGGAAAGAGGAAUUAGUGAAGUCAAGGUUGCGAAAAGUUUGGCAGAAGUAUUUGCAGAAAUGAUUUUUGUUCAUGGUUUUCUUCAUGGGGAUUUACAUCCUGGUAAUAUAUUGGUUUCUCCUGAAGGGAAGAAUGGAUUUUCGUUAGUGUUGUUGGAUUUCGGGAUUUGUAAACAGUUGAAUGAGGAUUUCCGAUUGAAGUAUUGCGAGCUUUGGGAGGCUUUGGUAGUUAAGGACUCAGCUAAAAUCCAGGAGAUAGGAGAAUAUUUUGGUGUUGGAAAGUACUCAAGAUAUUUCCCUGUCAUAUUUACCGGAAGAACUAUUGACAGUAAAUCCACACUUGGGGAAGGGAUGUCUGUUGAAGAAAGGAACAACCUGAAGCAGGAACUGAAGUCUCUUAAAAUGGAGGACAUAUCCUCCUUCAUGGAAUCUCUGCCUACUGAUUUUCUCACAGUAUUGCGGACUGAUGGGCUCCUAAGAUCUCUGACGAGCAAGUUGGGUGCUCCUUUGCGAGUCCGGUUACUAGCAUAUGCUGAAUAUGCACUAUACGGACUUUCAUUGAAGGCUGACUCUAAAUCUGAUUCUGCCAUAGAAGUUGUGCUCUUUAGAUUCAAGAUUGGCCUCCGAUACAUCCAACUAAGAGUCCUGUUUGGGAUAUUGGGGCUUGUUUCAUGGUUAGAAAACAUCAAACACACGUCAACUAGGAGGUUUAAAGAUUUUCUUGCCUCAGCUGGUUUUGUGGUAAGGAACUUGUACCGUCCUUUAUUGACCGCAUAAUUAAGUCUGGCCAGUUGUAAUAGUGAAGAAAUUGUCUCAUUUACAUUCAUUCACUUCUUAAGAAGCUUUCCUAAACAAAUUGUCUCUAGGUGGUACACUAUAAUUCUAGAGAGGAAAGUCUGUUUCUACGAACUCCAUCCGAUCAUCUACAAUUGUUGUGUCAUGUCUAGUCUAAAACUAGACGAAAACCUGUAUAGUCAAUUGCAAUUUUAUAGUAAUAUUUUCUCCUUCAAAAACUAUUGGAUCUUUUCUCUCAUUGGCAUCAUGUUCUAUUAUAUGCAGCACAAGUAGGGAUUGCCCUACAUAAAAAAGUUGAUUUCCCUUCGAGCAUUUGUUAAUGUUGUAUCUUCUUGUUAGCGCAACUAUAUAGACAUGAUUUUUACCAAUUACAACGAGUACUUUUCAACAAUAUUUUAGCCAAUCUUUCACACUAGAAAUUUGUGACCUGUUGUCUUAACUGCACUCAAUAGAACACAACUAGAUUUCUGACUCUCACCACCAUAUGCUGUUUGUAGAAUUUAAAUUUUCUAUGGUCGAGAAUAUAUAUUGGUCAUUAAGCUCACAAUGGGCUUUGGACUUGAUGACAAUACCCAAGGAUUAUACCGAGGGAAAAUAGGUAGAAUAGUGCUUAUUAAGCACCAUUUGAUAGCUUAUUAUCGGAGUUAUGAGGUUGUUGCUUUAACAUAUACUGUUAGAGGCUGCUGUAAUGUAAACAGUUUUCACGAAAACUGAUGAUAAAUAAGGCCAUGGAAAAGCAAUCUGGAAGUGCUUUGUCUCAAUCAGUUAUCGCAGAAAGAGCAAGAACUACAGUGACUAAGAUUCCAGGUAUUCUACUCUAACUUCUUCAAUGAUGUCACGUAAUCCUGGAUCAUCAUCGGUAGAAAUGGAAGUCAAUGGCUUUUUACGCUCAGUUAUCAUUGGCGGUUUGAUUAACAAGGCACUAGCUUGGGAAGAUGAGAAACAGAAGUGUUUCUGUACGAUGGGGGUGAGUUCUUUUGCAGCUGUGCUGCCAUGGGAAUGGGAUGAAUCACAGUUACCAUCUUCUGGCUCACAAUGAGUGAUGAAAAACAACACAUGAAAACCAAGAAAGUUGCUAAUUAAAUACCUGUGAACGCGAUCAUCCCACAACUGUAUUUGUCCUUGUGACGCAUAUCCAGAUGACUGUUAAAGCUCAUUGAAGGUUGCUAUACCUCCUAUUUACAUCUUAUUAUAAUUGGAAGAGAGGACCGUGCUUCUUAACGUUCGUAUAGUGCUGUAAAUCUAUAGCUAUUUCAAUGUAAUUAUGAUGGUCUCUUCUUUCUCAACAUGAUAUUAGUUCUAAUGACAAUGAUACAAUUGAAGACAUCUAAUUUUUGAUUUCUUAGAGAAGGAUACUUAGUACUUUGUGACUAUGAGUGAUGAUUGUUCUCAAAUGGUUUGGAUGAAGGUACAUGAAAGUCAUAUGCACAUAUACAAAUACAACAUCUGAUGCAGUUUCUUGAAGUGAGAAGUAACAGAAAUACUUGAAAAUCAAGUCUAUCUUGUGAUAUGCGCGAUGAAAGAAUCCAACUCUAUUCGAGAAGCUCCCCCUUUCUCUGUGGACUUCCUUACAACUUCUCCCAAUUCUUCUGCUCUUUUUCUAAUCAGGUCUCCUUCUUCUGAUGCCAUCAACUUCCUCACGACAUUCUCAAUAGUGGAUGCACUUACUAGCUCCUCGCGUUUCUCCCAUUCUCUAACAAGCAGGCCUGUUUUCAGUAUUUCUGUCACGAAGAAACCAUUUAUUGGUUGAUCAGAGUGCAUAGGCCAAGCAGCUAUAGGCUCUCCCAUAGUUAUACUCUCUAUGCAAGAAUUCCAUCCACAAUGACUCA